AUGGCGUCCCUAGAGAGGUAUUAUCUGCGCCAUAUGGACGGCGUUUUCGUGCCAUCGAGGACACCCAGACUUUUCAAUGGAGAUCGCUCGGCUGUCCUGUGCCACGAAGUGUACGGACAAUACCAUCAGUAUCAAUGGCGCCUCUUCUCGGGACACAGUCCCACAACCAACAGAGGGAUACGUGAUCCCGAGAACACAUUUCGACUUGUUCAGCAUCUGCACGACGGCAAGACCCGAGAGCAAGUGAAGACUCUGCUGAGGUCCACAAUAUCGAGCGCAUCUGACGAAGAAUGUGAAAGGUACAUUGACCUGGCGGCCCCUCUCCUCACUAUGAUGAAGACCGGCGUUCCGAAGAAUCAACUCAUGACCCGCAGUUUACUCCGAUGGGAGCAGGGAACAAUCAGGGACUUUGUGAGUGACUUCUUCAAGGAGUCACCCAAACUCAGUUACGAACGAAUCAGACUGCCGAAGAUUUUCAAUGCUUGGAGCAUCCAUAAGGUCGGAGGGAUCAAUAUCAGCUUUACUGACAACCUUGCUGACCAUCUGCUGUUGACUGAUGAUGAUUCAACGCUGUUGAUAUUUCAUCAUGCCUCGUUCCUAGAGUGCCACCUACAGCCAUUCCCGGCACCUCUAUACCCGGCAGACCUCGUUCAUAAACAACUGUCCACCAUUGCGCUCCUUCUCCCACACAUCAGGACAACACCCAACUGGAAUCGACCCUCGCUCUCUAUUUGUGGCACCCUCCAAGCCCACGACCGUCAGAUCGAACGGUUCCACUUCUGGAGAGACAGGCUGGUGAUCCUGAAACAGACCUAUGAUGAUACUACGCCGAGCUCUCUCCAACAGUGGUGGUACGAUCGUCGGAACGGGGUGCAAUGA